AGUAAUGCUCACAAUUGCAGCGCGCGGGAAUUCAGUUAGAGAGAGCAGAAUCAAAAUAGUGAAGAAUCGAGUGAGGAUAGAUAGGGCUCUGCAUUUCUCGGAAGAUCGAUCACCCAUCUUUGAUUUUCCAAAUGUCUGAUCCAGAUGAUACAAUCACUACCGGAAUCAGCGCCCUCAGUAUCGCUGAUGACGGCGCUGCUUCCAGCGACGGCGGCGGAGAAGAGACGAGGCUGUACAUCCGCGCGCCGCACGGCUUGAGAUUCCACGUCCACGCCAACUUGAAUUCAACUGUUAGGGAUUUCAAGAAAAUCAUUGGUGAGAAAUGCGAUAUUCCACCCCGGCGGCAGCGUCUCAUCCACAAAGGCCGCUUAUUGAAAGACGAUCAAACCCUAACGAACUACGGUGUUAAAGGCGAUCAUACUAUCUACUUGAUUCGAUCUUCUGCAAUUGCGACUGAUGCAUCAACAUCAACAGAUGAUGGCUCCAAUAGACCUCCAUUUGGACCUUCAUUCUUUCCUGAACUUGCAGAAAUGCGCGACACAAUCCUCAAUAAUCCCCUAAUGCGUGCUUUGCUUAAUCGUUACCUACCGCUGAGGCUCAGACUUAAUGAUCCUGCAACCCUCUAUUGGUUAAUGAACGGUGUACACUACCCUGAAAUAGUGCCUGAGAUGGUGCGCAUGUGUGACCAGGUUUACUAUUCACUGACACAAAAUAUGACCAAUUCCCCUGCUCCAAACCCCUCGCCCUCUACUGCUACCCCUGCUCCAAACCUCUCGGCCUCUACUGCUACUGGAAGCACGCGAAGGCUAGAUUCUGUCGCAUUUGGUGACCUUAAUUUCGUUGAGCUUGAGCGGAUGAUGUACUAUCUUACAGAUCCUGAAACGUCUAAUGAGAUGAUGGAAGUGCCAGAAAUAGCCAUAACUAUAAGCAAUAUGUUAUCCAAUCCUCAAUACCUGAUUCGGAUGCUUGCCUUCAACCCAGAGCUAGAGGCUGUGCUUAAUUCCAACCCUGAGAUUAGAGAUAUGAUGCAAAGUCCUGAGUUUAUCGGUCGCUUCGCUACCCCUGCGAUUGUGAAUGAACUGCUGGAAUGUCACAGAAAGCUACUAGCUCUGGCGGCUGAUGGAGGGACAGGUGACCACACUGCCCCUAGGGCAUUGGAGACGCUGAUGGAUAUGUGUCGUAGAUUUAAUGAAUAUCACACUAAUAAAGCUGCAAGAGGAGAUCAUGCUGAGCAGUAUCUUCUUCAACUCUCCCAGUUAGAGGAAAUGGGCUUCAACGAUCGCCAACAAAACAUCCAAGCACUGACUGCCACUGGAGGGAUUCUUCAAUCUGCAAUCGAGCGCCUUCUAGCAAAUGCUAAUCCACCUUCAUAGAUUUAGUCUUACUACUCUGUUCACCAUCCUUGCCUUGUACAAAAUCUGAUACUACAAUGUUUCUACGCUACACUCAUUCUGCAUUUUGCAUAUAAAUAGCGACCACUAUUGCAAUUCAAUAUCGACUUCAA